AUGUACGCUGAAUACAAACAUUUUAUGCAAGACUAUAUGGAGCUCGGUCAUAUGCGAGAAGUGAUGCAUUCAUCAGAUGCUAUGGGUGAGACUUAUUAUCUCCCACAUCAUGCUGUAUACAAGGAAACAAGUACAACGAAAUUGAGAGUCGUCUUUGACGGCUCCUGCAAGACUUCAACAGGCAUCUCAUUAAAUGAUGCGUUAAUGGUUGACCCUACUGUCCAGGACGAUUUUUUCUCCGUAUUAACCAGAUUUUGCACCUUUAGAUAUGUACUGACUGCCGACAUUGCCAAAAUGUACAGGCAAAUCUUGGUCGAUCCCAAGCAAACCUCUCUCCAGCGAAUUUUGUGGCGUUUGUCCAUUGAUAAACCCGUUCAAACAUUUGAACUGCUCACAGUCACAUGUGGAACGACAUCUGCACCAUUUUUAGCCAUUCAAUCUUUACGGAAGCUAGCUGAAAACAACACUGCUAGAUUAUUUAUUGGAGCCAAAAUCGUAUUAAGGGACUUCUACGUAGAUGAUCUAGUUACCGGAGCAAAUACUUUUCAAGAAACGUUAACUAUUAAGACUGAAACAUUUCAACUACUGCAGGAGGGAUUAUUUGAUUUACGCAAAUAA